UAUUAAAAUAUUGUCAUAUCUUUACCUUUUUCAAUAUCUACCUAUAUGCUUGUUUCAAAGACAAUUCCGUGGGCGAGAUGUUUCAUAUUACGAAAUCUCGUUUUACGUAUCUACUUAUUGCUUUUCUUUCUUAUUCAAACGCAGCAUGGACCGCUCGUGGCUUGCUGACCUCCUGCGGGGUGACACGUCUCAGUGUCUAAGACUGCUUUACCUGCUCAUACUCGGAAGUAUGAUACGAAUGUCCAUCUUGAUAUCUCUCUGCGUCAUCUUACGUAGUCGAUGUCUCCCGGUCGAGUACUUGCCUCUCCCCCGACCUCGAGAAAGGUCGUUUUCUCCCGCUCAUGCUUGCGAUCGAGAUCCAUCUACCAUCCUACUAUUUAAGAUAUCUCUUUCUCAAUAACACUCCUAGAUCCUUGGAUGUUUAAAUAACCCUAGGUGCUUGUUGGUAACCCAUACGUCCCUUCAGACUUUACCAUCUUAGCUCACCAUAAGACGCUGUUUCUAUCCACGCUUCUUGAUCAAUAUGUGGUGCCUUAAGGAAGUCAAAAGCUCCUUUAAACUCUGGUUUAGCGAUGGGGAAGCCAUCAACGCUACACGGUUUGAGAUAGGCGUAUCAUACCGCUUGAUCGUCGAUCAGCUGGGAUUUCUCGACCUGGUAGAAAUACCUGGCCAGCUCCUGAACGGGGUUAUUGCUAAUGAUGAACUCCUCUCGGUACCCCUCGACGAUGCAGAUACAGAUGGUCUUAUGAACCUGAGUCUCUGUGUCGAUGAGACUAGUGGCUAUGUGCUGACUUACAUGGACUCCGCUGUAAAGACAGGGCCCAAUACCCGCUCGCCAGAACCAAUUUCGGUUUCGGGAAAGUUCAAGCCACUGCCGAGCGUGAGCGCGGCUGACGCUGCCUUUCUUGACACCAUGAUCAAGGGAAAAUACGUGCCAUAUCCGAAGAUCCCCGACGCCCCAGGAAAGACGAUAGAGGAACUAAAGCAGCUUGGCCAGAAGCUCUUCCCAUUCACUCCCUAUAGCUUCCAGCUUGCAGUGUGUGUCUAUGAUUGGACGACGGCGUCAUUUACUCGCAUGGUCUUCAUGAAGAUAUUCGAAUAUACCGGCAUCCCGCCACAACCAUUCCCCAUUGACCAGGACAGCAUCGCAGCACAAAUAUGGGCCAGCAACUGGGGCACAUACAACCCGCAGGAUGAGGCGUACAUGAACUCUUUUAUGAUGAAACCUUCACAUUCGAAGGACGACGUCAAGGCUCAACUUAGAUCCGUCGCUGCCGACCUCCACAAACUCAGCCACGUGCAGAACGAGUUGCUGUCCGUAGCCUUACAGGCGCUGCCUCGCACGUCCAUUUUCCAGCAUUCGCAGCUGUUUAGUGGACAGGUAGAUAUCUACCAGCUCGGAUUAAGUCACUUCGGGAUUGAGUUCCUUCAGUGUCCACUCAACGACGGCCCAGUCGGCAAGGAACUGGUGACCGCCUUUGACGAUGUGCUGGCCAGUUAUGUCUCCACGGGAGAAACCAUCACGACAAAAAUGGCAUGGAGCUUCACGGACACUGUCGACGACGGUAUGCAUUACUCGAAUGGAAUCUUGCUAGUCGCGAAUAUGCCAGGAAACUCGUCGGUUUGGGAUCACGUUGCGUACGUGACGCCUUUGUCGGACGAUCCGAAGAAGACCGAAUACACGUUCCCGCCAGGAACUAAUUUCGAGGUUCAGUCCACUACGAAAGCCACGAUCCGCGGCAAGAGCACGGUUGUGAUAACCUUGAAACCCCUGCCUAGUAAAAAACAACAGACGGGAGUCUUGAGUUCGAACCGAGAAUAUACUAUGGCAAAUAUAUCGGCUCUAUCUCCAAAUGAGAGUAAUGAUUAUCUCAAGAAAGCGUCUCCGCGUAUGCUUGAUGGGAACCAAGUUGUGAAGGCUAUCAAUUCGAGUACCGCUGCUCCAAGUUUGCCUCACACCUUGCAUAAGACAGGAGGAAGGCGAUGCGCUUGUGAGGAGGGGACUUGGUGAUUGAAGUGUGGUC